AUGGCCGAUGGGUGCGACAGAGACGAGUGGCCUCCUCGCAACUUUUGGCCCGGUGACGAUGUAGCCCAUCCCAAAGGCAUGACGCAAAGAGUUCGAUUCAACCCGUUUCAACACAACAGAGGAGCCGGCAAUCUGUGGGGUAACUUUUGCCCCAAGCAUGAUGCGGUGUCUACAAAGGGUAACAAAAAGGGCAAGAAAACGUACUACGUGAGAGACUACCUCAUCAGUACUGUAAAGGAAAAGGUGCAAGUUAUCACUGGAAAGGACAAAACGAUGAGCUGGGUCCUCAACACAGCGGAUGAGUUUUACAGCCAAGGCCAGCACCCCGACUUGGCGAAGCACACCAAAAGCUACAGGGGAUUGCCCGACCUUCAGGUGUUGAAGCAGGCUUUGGCAAAACACGGUGGAAGCCCCCCAUACCCGUUCAGCAAGGUCGACCUCAACGUCUGGGACACGAAAAAAAAGACUAAGAUGGGCGAUAAGGAGGGUGAAAUUUCGAAAGACUACCGUGGCGUGCUUCCCGGAAACCCCAAACCUAAGAAACGGAGGAUGUUAUUCGAAGAGAGCCGCCGAGACAAUGGGACCGACUUUGAGCAGGAUGAUGAGCCUUUUGACAGAGAUGAUGAUGAAGAUGCAUUCGAAGAAUGGGAGAAUUGGAAAGAGUACGAACGUCUUCUGAGGAGGGCUCAUUUUGAGCUGGCUUCGAGGACUACGCCUCAGAGGACGGAAGCAGAGGCAACUCCUGCGGGCCAAGGUAACGCCACACCCACUCCUGCUGCACAAGGCUCUGCAGUCGCGAAUGAGUGGCCAUUGCCCACAAAUUAG